AUGAAUUUUUUUUUAAGACAAAUAUAUCGUCGUGAGCCAGAAAACAAUACAAGGAAAUCACAAGAGUUUAUAAAAUGGACAAUUGGCCAUUUGGCCAACAAUAACAAGCUAAGCGAACAUCACAAUGAUAAUGAGAACAGUGAUAACGAUUUUGUAAAACAGACAACGCAUUUCAAAUCUCUACCGAUGGUACUGAAAAUCUCUUUAAUUUUUAGCAGUGAGAAGAGCCGAACUGUGGAGGCACCAGGUCAAGAGUCACAUCCUCAGAUGCCACCCGUAACUUCGCUGGCUGUCACAAUAUCUUUGCUCUGGACAAUCCUGAUGGCUACCCUACCCCAGCUCUCUAUGGCUCUUACCUGCUACGAAUGUUCAACGGAUACCCUAGCGACUGGGUGCGGAGCUAAUUUCGAUAAGAAUGCCGCCGGUAUGAUCAAAUGUGUUGGGAACUAUUGCUCUUCUGUUACCUACUACAAAAACGGCCAAGUCAGCGAUGUAUAUAGACAGUGCGUCGCAGAGCUGAAUCCGAAAGGCUGCAUAAAGUCGAACACAGGGGACUCUACGUACGAUCUCCAAUGUGUUUGUGAAACUGACUACUGCAACCAUUCAAGCCAGUUCACGUGUUCUCUAGUGUUUCUUCUUUCAAUGCUGGCUCUUACUAUGUCUGCUCUGCGGCUCAUGUAGAUUGUGUCAUGCAAUCCAUGUAGAUCGUGUGAGAGUGCCUGACAGUAUGUUUGUAUGUGCGUGACGUCUAAUGAUUUUCCGAUAAACAUGUUUAUACGGACUUCUUUUUUUUAUGAUCUUUUAUGUUUAUAGUUUCGGUUUUUAUGUUUAUUUAUUAGAUAUAGCUUGAUGUUAAGUAAAAUGAUGAAUAGAAUUUUAAAUGAAUUUGAAAGGACUUUUUGGAUGUUUUGAUUAUCGAGAAAAUGAUUUUUAAAGUUCGAUAAUUGGCAAGUGCUGGUGUGAAUGUUUGAAUAAGAUUAAUGUAGUUUUCAGGUAUUUUAAAUUUAAUGCGGCCUAUUACAAAUUAUUUUUACAUGUCUAUGAAAAUUAUUUUUAUUUGCUAAUGUUUAAUACUGAUCGCAAUAUUUUCAAUUAUAUUAUGUACAGUAUCAUGACAUUCUACAUGAUAUCAUUAUAUGAUAUCAUGAGAUUUAAUAGGAUAUCGAGAUAUUUUACAUGGUGCCACAAUCCUAUAUGAUAUAGCUAUAUCAUAUUUUUUACAUUAUAAUGACUUACUUUAUAUGAUAUCAUCCGUAUUAUCAUGUUACCAUAUUAUAGAUAAUAUAGUGAUAUGUCAUAUAUGAUACAGAUAUGAUUAUGGAUAGAUUUCAGUCUGGUUUAAUCUCCAAACAUUUUAUAACGCAAUGCAUUUAUUAUUUAUUUUAUAGGUAGUUUGGCUAACGCUUUCGUCGCCAAUCAGAGUUUUUCAUUGUUAGUACUAUAAUGUUUUUUGGUUAGUUCUUGGUAAAAUUAGUUCAAUUUAAAAAAAAAUAAAGAAACAGUGUUUAUUAUUUAAACUUAUUUUUAGAUAAUUGCUUAUUGCUAAAUUAUUAUUUAUUAAUAAAACAAAAAUGUUUAAUGAAAAUUUUUUAUAACUCACAGGCGCUGUGCAUUAUUUUAAUUUAUUCAAAAUUAUUUAGGUGAAAAUUUGGUUCAUAUUCAUAAACGUUUUGGUUGUUUUAGAAUUAAAAUGUUUUUUUU